AUGACCACUCCACAGCGCCGCAAGCUCCGCAACGAGAGCAUCCCUCACAACUUUAUCCAGAGUUGGCAAUGCCCUACGGCUGAUGGUGUCCGGCCAGUAGUUCGCCGACCAAUCACCGUUUGUGAAUCAAGUCGCACAGCGAAGGUCAAGUGUACAGGGAAUCAGAGCACCUGUGAUCGAUGCACUAGUCGGGGAACCCCCUGCAGAUACACCGCACCCUCCUCCAUGUCGGACGUGCCUUGUGCGGGGUGGCGCGCAGGUCUGUAUGUCGGUGUCAUGACGCUCAUUGCUAUGACGACCUCGCAGCCAGAGCACCCGCUGUAUGUGGGUGGAACUGGUUUGACCUGGGGGAUUGGAAUUGUUCUCGGUCCUGCGUUGGAGAAGGAUUCAGUGAGUCCUUCGUGGGCUGGCGCUGGGCCUUCUACAUCGACCUGCUUAUUGGCGCCUUCUGUGCUCCGGUCUAUCUCUUUCUGCUGCCGAGCAAGGAUCCUCGACCCCGGGAUCGCACUGAAGGAGCGUUCUCGCGAGGUGGACGUUGUUGGAGCAGCACAGGCAGCGGCUGCAUGUGCGUCGAAGGCUUCAGAGGGCAGCAGUGGCAUACGACGAAGCAAGAAAGAAAAGACCAGGUGA